AUGGGUUGGUUUUCAAAGAUCUACACUAUUUUAAUCGCUUUCCUUGGUAGCAUAAUUUGUCAUGGCUUUGCUCUCUCAAUCAGUUUAAACGAUGUCGAAUGCGUAUCAGAGCACGUUCUAGAUGAGGGUGACACUAUUUCUGGGAAUUUUGUAGUUAUAGACUACGAUAUUUUCUGGAGUUCAGACCACCCUGGAAUUGAUUUCACUGUGACGUCUCCAGGAGGGAAUGUGGUGUAUUCUUUGAAGGGAACCUCAGGGGAGAAAUUUGAGUUAAAAGCAGCACAAAGUGGAUUAUAUACGUUCUGCUUUCACAACCCUGCUUUAAUGCCCGAGACUGUGUCUUUCUACAUUCACGUUGGCCACAUCCCAAAUGGACAUGACUUAGCUAAAGAUGAACAUUUUGACCCUGUUAAUGUGAAGAUCGCUGAGCUGAGAGAAGCAUUGGAGUCCAUUGUAACAGAGCAGAAGUACUUGAAAGCACGUGAUGCUAGACAUCGAUACACAAACGAAAGCACUAGAAAACGUGUUGUCUUCUACACGAUCUUGGAGUAUAUUUUAUUUGCUGCUACAAGUUUAUUACAAGGAGUAUACAUUCGUCGCCUCUUCAGCAAAUCAUUUGCCUACAACCGAGUGUAG